CGAACAGCGGUCUCCAUGGUUACGUCUUGUACGCCGAACGCCUUGUUAGCGGAUGAAGCUUUACAAGAGAGAUGAGUGGGAGAGACCUGCGUGCCUUUCUGUCGAGUCACCGUGCUGUGGACAUGGAGAAGCUGACGCAGAGAGUAAAAGAUGAAUUGGGAAUCACCAGAUACAAACCUAUUCAGUAUGACAAGCUUCAGGCCAUGGUGGAGGCUAAGAAACUCUACUCUGAGGAGAUUGAACACAAGAUAAAGAAGAGUCUGAAUAUGGUUCAGGAGAGGAGAGAGAGCUGCCUGCUACGCCAACACAGACAGGUGUGGACCUCCGAGAACCACAAACUGAGCCGAGCCAGGGAUCGAAGCAUGGCUGAUUUAAGGAGCUUCCUGACCAGAAGCAGACUGGAAGCAGAGGACGAUGGAGAUCUCUUUACUGAACUGCUGCAUUUGGAUCUGAGUUUGGAGCAUGAACGUGAAGCAUUUUGCUUGGCCACAGUAGAGCCAGUGUGCCAGCUAAGAGAGGACCUCCUCUACAGACUGAUGUCACAGCCUGCAGCAGCCAAUGAGCACAAAGAGUGGGUUCAUGUCCUUCAGCAGGUGGUAUCUGUAAAGGAACAGCAGCAGGCUGUGAUGGACAGACUGCAGGAUGAGUGUGUGGCUCUCGAGCAGGAGCUAAGCACUGCUGGACUGGAGGAACGUCUGGAUGCUUCUGCAGUAGAGGAGUAUGUUGGUGGUCUGCAACAGAUACCAGAGGAGAUCCUGACCACACACUGCCCUUACUCCGAAGCCAAAGAAGCCAUCAUCAGCGCUUUCAUAAACAUGUCAAAAAAAUACUCUGUGCGCCUACAGACAAUACGCAGCAGGUUGAUGGGCCUGGACAGGAAUUGUGGCUGGAAUGAAGCGGAUCACUUGCGGUUUCUGCACAUCGUAGGUCAAUAUUCUCCUGAGCUAAGAAACCACAGAGGGCUCUAUAUGGACAUGCUCCAGAGAAUUCUGCCACAUGUCUCCAGAGCAGAACUGAAUGUCCAUGAGCGGACCUGGGACUGGUUCAGGUUUAGCAUGGAGCAGGAGAGGCUGCUGUUGGAGAGUUGGCACAGGGAGCGGACAUUUCUGCGGCUACGGACACGGCGGUUGUUGGAGGAUGCCGAGGUCAUCUAUGAUGAAGAGCAGAGCCUGCAGAAUGACAGAUUACACCAGCAACAAAUCUGUGCACAGCUUAGACAAAAGCUGCAGCAGUGGCGUGACCAGCAGGAAGAGGUGGCUCAGAUGGAAGCAGCUGUAGCAGCACGCUGGCAGGAGGAGGAGAAGGAAAGACAGAGAGAGGAGCAGGAGAGAGAACAUGGCAGGAGGACCAGACAGAAACAACAAGUGCAAGAGUUUCACGAGAAGCAGCGGAGGAGGAGAGCGGAGUGGAGGUGCAGAGAGGAGACAAAACUGGCUCAGCUCAGGAGAGAAAUGGAAGAACAGACGAGGAGAGAUAGAGAAAGGGUGCAGUUCAGAGAGAAGUUACUGCAGCAACGACAGCAGGAGCAACAAGCUAAAGAAAGACUCAAACAAAGAGAGGAUGAGGAGCGAGAGGAGAGACUUCAGACACUACGUAAUCAGGUUGCCAUUGUGGCAGAAGCAGACCCAGAGAGGAUGAUGGGACAGACUGAAGCUUGGAGAACACACAUACAGCCUGAUAGAGAGGAGUUCGUGCUGCAGAGACCCCUCUAUCACUUACACACAUAUACAGACACACAGAUCGUGGCUGACCCGAGGGUCCGUAUCGAGCAGGCGCUCAGGACCGCAGGUCUUCAUCACACACACUACGCACGAGCGAUGCUUUCAGAAAUCCCUCCACCAAAACCACCACGACGGGAUACAGAAUCCACCGUCUUCAAAUCAUAACCUUACCUUCUUCACAUCACACUCACACUGUUAAAGUUUCAUCUUACAUGGGAAAAAAAAAAAACAGGUAAAAGUAACAAGACAGUCAGCAGCACACUGCAGAGCAACAUGAUUUCUAUUACAGUCAGA